AUGACGUCAACACAACAAAGACCAUCCAAUGAAGAUAUGGCUGACAUGGAUACUCUCUCAGGCGCCACAAGUCCCCAACAACCACAAGUCGCGACAAUAGCUCAACAACACCUUACUAGCAUUCCCAAAUCGGUGGCCAGUGAAAGUUUGGCACUCACUGGAACCAGCAAUGCAUCGUCAGAUUCCAUUGGAGCCAAUGGUUCCCUUUCCAAAAAGUUGAGGGACAAGAUGUUUUCCUUUCUUGUUUCCUUAAAUCCCAAGCAAGCAACGAUUACUUCAUGGAGAAUGGCACUCUUUUCCAUAUUUCAAAACUGUCUCGUGUUGUACAUGAGCGUGGUCUUGUCAUCCCUCCCAUCCACUCUCAAGGAAGAAGAGAAAACAAAACCACUUUGGGGAAUCAUUCCAGCAUGGAUUCAUCGAGUCAUGUUCUAUCCUAUCACAUUGGGCGCAGAACAUUAUUCCUAUACGGUCGUGACUGUCUUGUCUGCAUUGUUUCUUGGAUUGGAAUUGUUGACACUGUGCUUGUAUGCUCUCUUUUAUCUAUUGCACAGUAAGGGAAACAAGUAUAGUGACAAGAUCAAAACACUCAUUCGUCCAAUCACAUUAUUCAUGUUGAUGUUUACGAACUGGAUGGUAUGGAUUCAUUGCAUUCCAAUGUCGUCGUCGGCUGUAUCAUCCUCUUCUGAAGGAGCUCAUGCCUUGCCUCGAAACGAAUACUUUCCAACAGUGAUUAUGACUUCCACCCUUAAUAUAAUAUUCAUGGUUAUUGGAAGUGUGGGAGUGAUUCUGAACAUGAUGGUCGUUGGUUUGGGAGUUGUAUUGAGUGAGGAAACUGUUCCUCCGACACACACUUCACUCUCACUGUUUGGAACUUUUUCAUUGGAUACUGGAGUGGCCAUUUACAUACUGAAUCAAGUGUGUGUCGUGUUGAAUGUGUUACUACAUGUGAAUAAUGUUGUGGCUGUGAGUGUGGUCAAGUUCGUAUUGAGUCUAUUGUUGGCAUGUUACUUUCUGUAUCGUUUGCCUUAUUACAAGACCUUUACAAAUUCAGUCGUAUUUGGAUGUCUGUGUGGAAAGACUUUGGGAUGUCUUGGACCCAUAAUUGUUUCUGCCAUAUGGACUUCUCGUGGUACAGUUCAGUUAUUGCAACAGGAGGAAGAGCAGACGUACAUUUCACAACUGGGAGGAAUCUUUACAGGUGUGACCCUCGGAUUGCAAUGUUUAGGGAUAAUAGUUGGAACUGUGAGUUGUGAAUUGUAUUUGAGAUUUGGAGUAUUGAAUGUAGUCAAAAAAGUCAUUUCACAACAUUUGACCGACAAACACUCUGCCAUUCAAAUUUACAAUUCCUUUCAAGAAAACAAAUCGAUGCGAAAGCUCAUUCUCUUUUUAAGACUAUCCAUCAGUGAUUCUUUUUCUUCCAAACACGACAAUGCAUUGGAAUGGUCCUUACAAUUUUUGAGAUUGUGUGGUACCUCAAAAACAUUCACAAAUGUAGAUUUUCUACUCAUUGGUGCUAUUAUUACAAGUUUUUACUCACCCCAAGAAGAGGUAUAUUCAUCACAUUCAUUGGCUCUUUCCAUGCUCUUGCACGCGAGAAAGAAUAAUCCCUCUCUUUUACAAUCCUAUUUUAUUGCAUUGAGAAGUAAGGAAAUUGAGUCCAAUAUGGAAAAAUUCUCAAUGAUGAAUGUCGAUUUGAAACAAACACUCCAAUCUCUACAAAAGAAGCAACAAGCCAUCAUUUAUUUUCACAAAGAAUUAUUUAAGGAAUUAAUAUCAGAGACAUGUUCCAAGACCAAAAUUGAAAAUUUGAAUCGAUCCUCAGCAAAACUCGUUCAAGAUUGUGACUCCAUGUACAAAACUCUCAUGUUGAAAUAUCGACAUGAUCCAUCGUUAUUGAGAUCCUAUGCACACUUUUUAGAGAAAUUUAUGUGGGAAAAGGAAAUGGCAAAUGAAUUAUUGGAAGAAGUCAAUGAUGCCCCCGUCGUUAACGGUGAAGAGGACACCUCUCGUAAAUUAAUGAGCUAUCAUCCAACGAAUAUGAAAACUUUAGGAAUUCCUUCUCGAAUUAGUUGGAGAGGAAAUAAUCGAGUUCAUCCAUCGUCGACAGGAUCCUCUUUCCGUUCCAAUCACAUUGGUGUCAACUCUCCAAAUGUAAUAGCUGCAACCAACUCGGUCAAUGAUAAAGCAAUCGAUGAAACCAUUGCAGAAGAACCAAUGACUGAUGAAAAUUGGGACUCUGUGAGCGUGGAUGAAGAAUCUCUCAAGAAGGAAAAUUUAUUUCGUUCUGCAACUAAUUCUCGAGAAGAUGAUCACUGGUUCAAAAGUUUCUUCUCCAUAUUUAUGUUCUUUUCAUUGUUGGUGGUCGCAUUGAUCUUUUCUGCAUCCAUGGGUGUGACUCAACAACUCUCUGUGAGAAUUUCAUUGGAAGAACAAGUGUGCUCUUUAUCUGGAAUUCCUCAUCUCAUACUGACACAUAUUCGAACUUCACAGACAAAAUUCAGACUUUCCAAAACUCCUGAAGAGAUUCAAGAAGUACCACAGGUUCAUGAAAAAGCAACUGCCCAACUCGUGUCCUUACUUGAAAAAGUAGCGCAUGUGAAAAGUGCUUCUGAAUCUGGAGCGUUUAUUCCUGAAGUGGUGACAACUUUCACAGAAGUGAAAUGGCCAUCGAUGAUUCCCAUUAAACAAUCGGAUGAGGAAGCAAUACCCAUCUAUGAACAAGGAGUAUCGUCCAUAAGUGCCUUUGUGGAUAAUGUUCUCAAUCAGGGAGAAGAAAUUGUAGAGGUGAUGAGGAGUGGAGAUUUUAUUACAUUUAACAAAACGAGAUCUAAUUAUCCUCUUCUAUUCUUUUACCUUAAUCGAAGAGAAAUGACAACAGCUUUUGAUUACUUGUGCACGUCCUAUAUUUCAAGUUCAAACAAUGACAUUGACCGAAUUGGAAAUAUCUUAUUUGGAGUGUGUGGAUCAGUGCUUGGGCUCUAUUUCAUAUUUUGUUUAUUUUAUAUUGUCAUGAUGCGAAAUCACUUGUUGCAAUUUAAUAGACUUGUCAAAUUCCUUUAUAACACUCUUCCCAAAGAUGAGACAGGUAAAAUUUACCACAACUUGGAAAAAGAAAUGACCGAUCCAUUUAGAGAAAAUUCCUCUCGGCUCACACCUGCCAUUGUUUUCACACUUCUCACUUUACUAAUUAUAGUAUUGGUACUUGCUUCAAGUAUUUGCAUCAUGAUGGAGUUUGAUACCAAUCGCCAAAAAACAGCCUCUACCAUGAAGACCAUUAACUUAUUUAACACAGUUAUGAGAACUUCCAUGAGAGUGGUAUUUCGAUUAUUGGAAAUGGUUCAAAAAAGCAAACUCAUGCUCAUUUCAUGGAAUGUUGUUCGAGGCGAUAACACCAUUGAACUUGCCAAUUGCAUGAUUGCUUGGAAGGAAAUCGUAGUAGGAGGAAAUGAAACCAAUUACAAAUCUGCAGUGAGAGGUCUCAGCGCUGAAAUUGAUUCUCUCCUGUUAGGAAAUUCUUUGACAACCUGUCAACAAUUGUUGAAUCAUACCAAUAGCACUUUGAACGGUACUACAACAAUGUUGUCUAAUGUCACAACUGGAAGGACCCUGACUCAACUUGAACAAACCUAUGACUGUAUGGGCAUGGACAAAUUAGUGACCUUGUUUGUUGAGGCAGCAACAGAAUAUAAUUUCGACUUUUUUGCGGAAUUUUACGAACCUCAGAAAGCUCUCCAAUUGUAUUUUGGUGAGAUUUACUUUUUAGCAGUAUCAUUGUCAGAAAAAUUAUUUACCUUUAUUUCAACCUAUGUGAAACGUGAACAACAACCACAGCUGAUCAUGAGUGUGUGUAGUUUUGUGCUGUUUGUGAUUUUGGGCUCAUUAUGCAUGAUAUGGAGUUUUUCUUCGCUUACUAGUUAUUGGUAUGAAAAAUAUUACAUGAGAAGAAUGUUAAAUUAUCUUCAUUGGGAAAUUGUAGAUCAAAAUGAGGAAUUGAAACAAUUUAUAUUGAGUCACAAAAUUCCAAAAUCCAAACAAACACUCGCUCAUGUACAAUCUCUUCGAAAUUUAACGGACCGAUUGGGACUCUCUAAUUUUAUAUUUUUCAAUGAAACAUCAUCUGAGAGUUCAACUUGUUCAUGGAGUGACACCUCAAGUCAAGAAGAUCCCAUGUCCAUGACGAAAUCCAUUAUGAAUGCAGCUGCCGAUGGAGCCAUUGUUUGCAAUGCACAAGGAAAUGUUAUUAUAUUUAAUAAGGCAGCAGAGGAUAUGUUUGGAUAUAAGCAAAAUGAAGUGGUUGGAACAUUACUAUUGGAUUUAUUGUAUCAUCCAGAAUCGAAUUCUAAAUUACAGAAAAUUAUUUCGGAAAUGACAGUUGCCAAAAAUGCAUUUUCCGAGUUGUUAGAAAUUACUUGCUCGAGAAAGAAUCGAACGACAUUCUCUGCAGUCGUUUCAUUAUCUGUGAGUUUCUUCAAUAGAAAGCCAAUCAUUGCAUGUUUUGUGAAAGAUAUUACCAAUGAAAAGAAACAAACGACUCUCAUUGCAGAGGAGAAGAAGAAGAGUGAAGAAUUAUUGUUAAAUAUUCUACCGUUACCUGUGGCCAUUCGUUUGAAACAAGGAGAAGCAUCUAUUUGUGAAAAAUUUAAUGAUGUGACUGUUUUCUUUUCAGACAUGGUUGGCUUCACUUCUAUGAGUAGUGCCAUGUCUCCCAAUGAAUUGAUCAUUCUUCUCAAUGAUAUUGUUCACAAUUUUGAUCGUCUCACUGAAAAGUAUUACAUUGACAAGAUUAAAACUAUUGGAGAUGCCUAUUUUUGUGUAGCUGGUGCACAUGCUUCAAAAGCUUCAGAUCACACUGAACGAAUGGUCAAGUUUGCCAUUGACAUUUUUGAUUUUCUUCAUACAUUCAAUAAGGAGAAGGGAAAACAGAUUAAUGUUCGAAUUGGAAUUCAUACAGGAGAGUGCGUAGGAGGAGUUAUUGGUCACAAGAAAUUUGCAUACGAUUUGUGGGGAGACACGAUCAAUACCGCUUCAAGAAUGGAGAGUACAUCUAUUCCAGGUAGGAUUCAACUUUCAAGAUCAUCCUAUGAGAGAGUUUGGGAAAGUUUUCAAUUUGAGGAGCGAGAAGCUGUGUACGUAAAGGGCAAAGGAGAAAUGAAAUGUUACUUACUUCAUCAAAAACAUCACUUGCCGGCAUUGUGUGAAAAUCAUGAUAUCAACUCAAAUGAAUGUGUAGAUCAGGGAGAAAGUGAAAAAUUAACAAAAGAACUGAUUGAGAGUACGAAGUUGCAGUAA